ACUACACUGUUAUCGUUCCUUGAAUCGAUCAUAAUAUUAUCAUCAUCACCCACCAUCAUCAACAACCCAUCAAAGUAGGUCGCCGGCCCAAAUUUCAGCAAAUCGUUCUAAACCCAAAGAAUAACAAAUUCAGCCAGCACUUUCUACCACUUGUUGCGCUUUUGUUUCGGCGACACGUGGUUAUCCCUCCAUUCCAGGACAGGCGCUCCAAUUCCGUCGCGUAGCACGGCACGUUGCCUGGAAGCUACGCACUUGUUUGGCGGAAUAAAUUAGGACCUAAUUUUCACGCCGUUUUUCCUGCAGCAGUUUGAGCUGGAUAUUUGAAAAUUAAAAUUUCCGGUGACUUUCAACCCAUUACCCAAUAAAACAUGGAUCAAAUCGUUGAGGAAAGUGGGGAAGACUCCCAGGCGCCAGAGUCGACGUUCGAGGAUGACCUUAUUCCGAAAGAGAUAUCCGACGAGUUCUUCGAAGAGAUGUGCUCAAAAGCCAAUCUGACGGUGAAGGACUUGCAGGGAAACCAACAAUAUGCCUUAGCUGAGGAUUUUCAGAAGUUGUUGCUCACAAGCCAACAGUUACGGCAGCAGUUGUUGGACGAACAGGACAAGAUAGAAAAGAUGCAGGAUGAAGUCUCGGCCGCCGCAGGGCGAGUUUCUCAGGCGUUGGCUAUAUCGCAAAAAGAUCAAGAACAAAUUCAAGCACUGCGAUCCGAGAUUGAGGAUGCUUGGAGAAGAGCUGAUGCAGCGCAAUCUCGUGAGCAGACGGCACAAGAAGCAAUGAAUCAGAUGCGUGAAAAGUUGGAGAAGAUAUCUUCGGAAUCAUCGGACAGGCAUGGUGACAAGGAAGAUGAUGUAGGGGCUGCUAUGGGAAAGCACAAAGAGAACAUCUUGAGAGAAAGGGAUCGUUUGUUUGUAGAAGUCGAGGAGCUCAACCGUCGACUUAAUACUCAACGAGUGUAUACGGAAGAAUUGGACCACAAGUGUAACGAUGCCGAAAAUAAGCUCAAAGAGCUCUAUAAGGUCCUCGAUGAAUCUUCAAACGACGCAUUUCGAGAUAAACGGAUGCUGGAAAACCUUCAGGUUCAGCAUGCUGAAGUUGUAGCCGAUCUAGCGCAGAAAACUGAUGAAGCAUUACAUUUCAAACAACUGGCAGAAGCUAGCCAUAAAACUACGGUACAGCAGGGUAUGCAGAUGGCCGCCAUUCGAACGACUCUGGAACGUUUGACCACGAGCAAUAACCUAUUGCAGGUGAAGCUUGCUAAAGCUCAAGGAGAUUUCGAGAACAUGGUUCAACUCAAGGAGAAGGUUACGAAUGAGUUGAACACUAAAGUGAACAUUCUGAAGCUAAAAGAAGACGAAAACAACAAAUUUCGCUUGGAAAACGCGAAACUAACAAAAAGCAAAGAGUUACUACAGAAGAAGAUAGUUGCAAUAGAGACAGCCAAGAGUACAUUUGAACAUGAAGUUGCAAAAUUGAAAAAUGUUAUUGUAACAUUUGAGAAGGAGCGUGAUGCAACAAAACGGGCUUUUGAUUUAUCAAAGAAACAUGUGGACGCAGUACUAAGGGAGCGUGAUUUGGCCAGAAAGGACUUGACCAAAGCGAAUAAGAUGACCUCGGAUCUGAUGGAUCAGAUAACUUUAUUAGAAAAACAACAAAAGACACUUGAGAAUGAAAUCAAGGGCUAUCAGGCGGCUGCUCAGAAGCAAAGUAUGCUAAUGUUGAAAAUUGAGAAAGAUCGUGAUAGGAACGCCGAGGAAGCUCAAAACCUAAGCGAAAAGCUCGAGCAAAUGAAUGAAGAUUUGUUGUACAAGCAGAACCAAAUUAUAGAGCUUCGGGAAAAGCUAAAGGAAACGGAAGCGAGACUAUUCCAAUGUCAGAAUUCACUGGAGUUGACCAGAAGUGAGAGGAACAUCUUUGAGCGCGAUUUAGUCACGUGUAUGCGCGAUAAUGACAGUUUGAAGGAUCGACUGAAAACAUCUGUACACUCUGUCGAUCAACUGAAGGAUGAUAAUGCGUCCAAAGUAGCUGAGCUGUUCAAGGCCAAUAAAACUAUCGAUAAGAUAGAAAAGGAGAAACAGUCUCUGAAGACAGAAGUGCAAAAUAUUUCGAUCACUUUGCAGCAUACCAAGUCAGAAUUGAACGAAAAGAUGAUGGAAAAUGCACGUCUAAACAAGACACUCACUGAGGAUGCAGCAAGCAUGACACGAUUGAAGAAACAGCUGGACGGAACAAUCAACGAAAAAGAUCUGAUCAAAGUGCAAUUGACGCAGCGUGUGGAGGAGAUCAAUAAUUUAACUGAGAAGCUAAAUAUGUUGAAUAUGGCAUUGGAUCGCGGUGAAAGUCAAUAUAGGAAUCGACUAGACGAUAUUCGGCUGCUAAAAAUAGAAAUUAGUAAUCUAAGAUCACAACGAAAUCUCCUAACGAGAGGGCUAGCUAACACAGCUGACAUGCGACAGGAAGUCCUGCAGUUGAAUCGCGUGUUGAACCAAGAACGUGUGAAAGCGAGGGCUCUUGAAGAAGAGAUGCUAACGCCAAUGAAUGUUCAUCGAUGGCGAAAACUGACCGGAAAGGACCCAGAGAAGAUGGAUCUCAUCGUUAAAGUGCAAACGUUGCAGCGUAGAGUAUUAUAUCAAUCCGUCACUGUUUCCGAGCUGGAGAAGACCAUAAACGAGUCGGACAAGAUGUACGGCGAGUUGAAGGAAGUCGUGGAAAAACUGCCGCAUCAUAAGAUGAAGGAACAGUUGUGCACUACGCAAAGAGCCCUUACCGCGCAAACGAAGAAGCUAAAAGCAUUGUCAGCGGAAAUUCGUAUCAAAGAGAUUGACAGCAAAAGUCAGGAGUGCCUGGUUGAUGAACUGAAGAAGUCUCUUUUGGAAACCAAGAAGGAACUAGUCAAGGAGAAACGAGAAAAACAAAAGCUUUCAGAAACGAUGCGCAAUGCCCUAAUGCCAGCCAACGGAGCCCGAAGACCGUCUACUCAUCCGUCGAAUGUUAUUGUGGUCCAGAGAAACACCACCAGUGGCGGUUAUCGAAUGAUGGGAGCGGGGUAUAAAGUUAGCUGUUGAGAUGCGUGUUCGUAAUUUAAACCAUCUUGUGACAGUGGAAGCUAUUUCAAUUUAUUUUGUAUUGUGUGAAUAGGUAUUAAGAUUCCGGAUAUCAGCAUUAAAUUAUGUCAUAAAUUAACCACAUCUUUGUCCGAGAAGCGUGACAAACUCAUAUCAAUAAAUUAUACGAACUUACUUUGAGUUUUCUUUGCUAUUGUUCCAGGUUGUACCUGGAAGUAUAUAGAUGAUCUAUGCUAAUGAAAAAGUCCCAAUCAAAGCAAGAACGAAAAUCUAUUGAAUUAUCAUUUACGAGUUGUUUUUCUCUUUAACAAUGAUAGUUUCUUUAAAAUUAUGCCUUCAUAUUACAAAGGCAAGCGCAACUAAUUUAAAAAGAUUAGAUGGCUAGCUAAUCAACUUGAUCUUUUGUCAUUUGUUUUUCGGUUCUGUAAACAAAUUCAUAGACAUCAUUUCCGCAUGAGCCAAGGUUGGAUCUACGUUAGAAAUUCUUCCAGGGAUUUGUUAAGAAAGCUUUCUUGGCAUUUCCUAAGGAAUUUUUCAUGGGAUUGCUUCCGGGAUUCCUCCUGGCAUUUCUUCAGGAAUUCUUUCAGGGUUUCCUUCAAGAAUUUCUCUAGGAAUUCACC